GAGGGGGGGCUGCGUGUUUGUUUAACUGCGACCACAUGACCGUCUUGUCCGUAAUGUAUUUAGCUAACACCACGUAGCCUGCCCAACUACCUUGCAAGUGAAGGAAUUACCUCUCGGAGCUUUGUGCCGCAUUAAGGAUCUGGGGAAGGUUGACGGAUAAUCAGAGAGCACGCGAUGCCAGAGCCGGCAGACAUGAAUGGGCCUGAUGUAGCAAAGACGCCAGGGGGUGGGGAAGAGAGCAAGGAGUCGGUAGCCAACGGGCACACAGAGGGAGAAGCCAACCCCUUCGCAGAGUACAUGUGGAUGGAGAACGAGGAGGAGUACAACCGGCAGGUGGAGGAAGAGUUGCUGGAACAAGAGUUCCUGGAGCGCUGUUUCCAAGAAAUGUUGGAUGAGGAGGACCAGGAUUGGUUCAUUCCAGAGAGGGACCUCCCCUCAGGGGUGGGGCAGAUUCAGCAGCAGCUCAAUGGGCUGUCCGUCAAUGACAGCAAUGCAGAAGAGAUUGUGCGCAAGAGCAUCUUAAACCCUGAGGCCAAGGAGUUUGUCCCCGGAGUGAAAUACUAGGAAUUGCCCUCACCCUCUGGAGUUGCCCUCUCACACACAUACAGAGACUUUCUUGGCUGUAAUUACAGCAGCCAUACACACGUGCGCAAACGCACACUCACACUCGCACAUCCACAUGCACGCACUCACUCACGCAUCCAGUUGUGAGGGGCGGGAAAGCAGAGGAGGGUGAGGUUUUUGGGGGAGGGAGGGGGGUUCAUCUAUAAGCUUUUUAUUUACAUUUGUUACAUAUAAACCGAGGGCUGAGAGUUUAGACGCAGUCUCUAGGAGGCCCUGUGGCAGCCUAAUGUCAUAUUCAAUGCAGAGCCGUUUUAUUUUCCUCUAUCUAUAAGCAGAAAAGAAAAUGAACACAUCAGCUCUCAGUUAGAAGUUUGUGCCUCAUCAGGUAUUUACUUUUUUUCCUUGACUGUGCUUCUUUUCCCCCUUUCUUUCUUUUUUAAAUGGAAGUUUGUGUCUGUCUUGGAUAACUGCCCCAUAAUUCAGUGUGGCGGGAUUGAGAAAGCCAGGGGCGGGACUGGAUAUACAACGGUCCACAGGAUAAGGGGCAGACAGUGUGGAUUGUUUGGCAAGAAGCCUCUGUGGAGACGUUCACAUAAGAACAUUUUGAUUUUGGAGUAGAAAUUCUUACAAAAGAAUUUAAAUUCAUUUGGAAAAAAAAGGAAAAAAAGCAAAUAAAAGUAAAAAAAACUGUUGGUA